CUUUCUUGAAGUAUCUUAACGCCUCUAUUCAUCGACGCUUGCGAUGGCAGACAACAAGAACCUCGAGGAUAAAGUUGCAUCUCCUCACGAGACUGAAGACCCGGCAGUAAGUGAACAGUCGACGGCUACUGCAGCUACUACACAAGUAACGCAGGGGACCACGGGUAUGCUUCCGGCCCAACACUGGCUUGAAGCAGCAGAAGAGAAUAACGAGGUCGGGAAUCCGGGGGAUGAUGACGCAGACUCGGCUGUAGAAGAUACUGCAAGCUCGACGGCGUCCAUAUCAUCCUCCAUCAUCGACUACAGAACCAUCAACGGCAGGAGGUACCACUCCGAGACGAGCAGCAACACCCAGUACUGGGCAGCCAACGACGAGAGACAGAAUGAGUCGCUCGACAUCAUCCAUCACCUGCUGACCCUCUCCCUCGGUGGCAAACUCUUCCUAGCACCGCUCGACAAGAAGACCGUGGGCAGGGUCCUCGACAUUGGGACCGGCACCGGCAUCUGGGCCAUCGAUUUUGCCGACGAGAACCCCCAGGCCGAGGUGAUCGGCACGGAUAUAUCCCCCAUCCAACCCUCGUGGGUGCCACCGAACCUCAAGUUCGAGAUUGAGGACUUUACCCAGGCGUGGACCUUCCCCCCCAAAUCCUUCGACUACGUCCACAUGCGGUACCUCUACGGGAGUGUUCCGGACUGGCACGCGCUGUUCAGGGAGGCGUACAGGGUGUGUCGGCCCGGUGGGUGGGUCGAGAGCUUUGAGGCGUCGCCCAUGAUCUACAGCGACGACGGCACGGUUGGCGAUACGAGCGCCCUGGCCGAGUGGGGCAAGUUCUUCCUCGAGGGUGGGAAGAAACUCGGACGCACGUUUACGCCGCUCGAUGAUGACCUGCAGGAGAAGGGAAUGGAGGAGGCUGGAUUUGUGGACAUGCAGGUGCGCAAGCAGAAGGUGCCGAUCGGGGGCUGGGCGGCAGACAAGAAGCUUAGGGAGAUAGGCCGGUUCUCGCAGCUGUCGCUGGAUUCGGACUUGGAGGGCUACGUGUUGUACAUGGCCAAUUUGUUGCUUGGAUGGGGGAGAGACGAGGUGACUGUGUACUGCGCACAGUUCCGCCGUGAGAUGCGGUCGGGGAAUUAUCAUCCCUAUUAUAACCAGAGGGUUGUCUGGGCUAGGAAGCCCGACAUUUCUUGA